GGGCAUCCAAACCAAAUGGCCAAAUAGCUGGGCUUUACCAAACACUAGUCACUCCUUUCCUAUCAAGAGCAGCUUAAAAACCAGCCCUUCACUCUGAUUCUUCCCUUACCUCCCAGACAUCAUAAACUUACGAGAACCCCAUUGACUCUGCUGGUUAUCUGUACUUUGUUUCUCUCUCUGUAAUCAUGGCAAAGGCGUUUUCACUUGCCCACUACACUCUCUUUUCCAUCAGAAGAAGAAAUGCCUUCAAUCACUGCACCUUCUCAGUGCCUUUCUCUUCCUCCUCUGCUCUCUCUACUACUGAUAAAAGGAAUUGGAGAGGACCUGUCGUUUCUGUGCUCGAACUUGGUGGAAUCAAGAUUGCUAAAGAUGAUGUGGUUAGAGAUGACCCCACUAACAAUGUUCCGGAUACAAUUUUUUCAAAACUUGGAAUGCAACUUCAUAGGAGGAAUCAACACCCACUUGGGAUUUUGAAGAAUGAAAUAUAUGAGUAUUUUGACUCCAAUUUCUCAAGCAAGUUUGAUAAAUUUGAUGAUCUCUGUCCACUAGUUUCUGUGAAACAGAAUUUUGAUGAUGUCUUGGUUCCUGCUGAUCAUGUAAGUAGGAGCUAUAAUGACACAUACUAUGUUGACUCUCAAACUGUCUUGAGGUGUCAUACGAGUGCACAUCAGGCAGAGCUAUUAAGGAAAGGCCACUCUCAUUUCCUAGUAACUGGAGAUGUCUACCGUAGAGAUUCUAUUGAUUCAACUCAUUACCCUGUUUUCCAUCAGAUGGAAGGGUUUCGGGUUUUCUCUCCAGAUGAAUGGGAGGCAUCUGGCUCAGAUGCCACAUCAUUUGCUGCUGAGGAUUUAAAGAAAUGUCUUGAGGGUUUGGCCAGGCAUUUAUUUGGUGCUGUGGAGAUGCGGUGGAUUGAUACUUAUUUCCCAUUCACCAAUCCUUCAUUUGAACUAGAGAUAUAUUUUAAGGAGAAGUGGUUGGAAGUUUUAGGCUGUGGUGUGACUGAGCAAGAAAUUUUGAGGAGAAAUGGCAGACCUGAUAAUGUUGCUUGGGCUUUUGGACUUGGAUUGGAGCGCCUGGCAAUGGUUCUAUUUGAUAUACCUGAUAUUCGGCUUUUCUGGUCAACUGAUGAGCGCUUUAUUUCUCAGUUUCGUAGUGGCCAAUUGGGUGUCAAAUUCAAGCCAUUCUCAAAGUAUCCUCCUUGUUAUAAAGACAUGAGUUUUUGGAUCAACGAAUCAUUCACCGAAAAUAAUUUAUGUGAACUUAUCAGAGGAGUUGCUGGCGAUCUUGUUGAGGAGGUGAGCUUGAUAGAUAACUUUACCAACAAGAAAGGAAUGACAAGUCACUGUUAUAGAAUCACUUAUCGCUCAAUGGAGCGUUCACUAACAGAUGAAGAAAUUAAUGAUUUGCAGUGGAAUGUGAGAGAACAAGUGCAAAGCAAGCUGAAUGUUGUUUUAAGAUGAGAGUUGCUUAGGCAACUAAUCCAAUAGAGAAUCUCAACAUAUGUAAAUUUCUUUGGUAUUACAACUAAGAGAUGAGGCCCCAAUAUCUAUAUCUAUUUUCAUAUGUGAAUUUGCAUAUGGGAUGGAACAUUGAAGGAUAGUGGAUCAAGGGAUUUUGGGUUUAUUUUUAUCUUGGUCACUGAUAAUAAAUUUGUUGAAAUUUUUCGUUGCUCAAA